AUGGCCGCGCCCGUAGAAGUGGGCUAUGUCGCUUGCUGCGCCAACCGCGCCGGCCCCGGCGUGGUCUCCUGGGGACGAGCGGGGCUGGUGGCGUUCGGGUCGUGCCACUCCGUCGUCCUCUACGACCCGCAGAAAAGAAAAGUAGUUGGAACACUGAAUGGUCACACUGACAGAGUUAAUUGCGUCCGAUGGAUUCACAGAAAUGAUGAGUGUUAUGAAAUGGAGUUGAUUUCUGGAGCGUCUGACAAACAACUUAUUUUUUGGAAAACGCAAAAUGCAAAGCUUGUGCAUUCCAUUCACUUCCAUGGCCACACUGAAGCAGUUUGCGCUGUGGAUGCUGUUUACACAAGAAACGAAUCUGCAGCAGAGUCAAAUCUCCUGGUUGUUUCUGCAGCUUCUGACUCUACUGUCAGAAUCUGGUCCAAGCAAGGAACCGAUGUUGAAUGCCUGCAGACUCUGCUGUUCGGAAAUGGGUUUGCCAUGGACGUCUCUUUGUCCUUUUUGCCUGGCAGUGACAUGCCAGUGCUGGCUUGUGGUGGUGAUGACUGCAAAAUUCAUUUAUUUGUGCAACAGGCUGGAGAGUUUCAGAAAACCUUGCUGCUUCAUGGCCACGAAGACUGGAUAAGAGGGGUUGAAUGGGCGCUUUGUGAUGGAGAGCUCUUCUUGGCUAGUUGUGCUCAAGAUUGUCUGAUAAGAAUCUGGAAGAUGCACAUGACUUCAUCACUUGUGGAAAUCCAAGAUGAAGACACUGUUAGGUUGAAAGACAAUGUGUUCAGUGUGAAAAAUAGCAAUGGUUCAGAUACAUCUUUUGCUGUUACAUUAGACUCUGUAUUAGCUGGACAUGAAAACUGGGUAUAUGCCAUUCACUGGCAGCCUUCGUUUCUCAAAGAUGGCAGGAUGGAACAUCCAAUGAAGUUGCUGUCUGCUUCAAUGGACAAAACUGUAAUUUUGUGGGCUCCAGAGGAGGAGUCUGGGAUGUGGCUGGAGCAGGUUCGAAUAGGAGAAGUAGGUGGAAACACACUUGGGUUUUUUGACUGUCACUUCAGCCCGGAUGGUUCAAUGAUUCUGGCGCAUGCUUUCCACGGAGCCCUGCAUCUUUGGAAACAGACUUCAGUAAGCCAGCGAGAAUGGGCUCCGGAGGUGGUGAUUUCCGGGCAUUUCAAUGCUGUUCAGGAUGUGACGUGGGAUCCAGAGGGAGAAUUUAUCAUCUCUGUUGGUUCUGACCAAACUACUAGAAUUUUUGCCCCAUGGAAAAGAGCGAACGGAGAAGAGGUGUCGUGGCACGAGGUGGCAAGACCCCAGGUGCAUGGAUAUGACAUGCAGUGCUUAGCGAUGAUCGGGCGGUUCCAGUUUGUGUCUGGAGCGGAUGAGAAAGUGCUUCGGGUAUUUACCGCACCUAGGAAUUUCAUAGAGAACUUCAGCACCAUUUCUGGAAUAUCUCUGGAGAAACUGCUUUCUGGACAAAUGCUUGAUCUUCCAGAAGGCGCUACUGUACCAGCAUUAGGCUUGUCCAAUAAGGCCGUCUUUCAAGCGGGAGAGACGACCGUUCAGGUAAGUCAACAGGAGGAAACACUUAGCGAUGCUUCCAGCCAGUAUCAUGACAGCUACUUUCAGCCGUGUAGUCUUACAGAGCCUCCUACAGAAGAUAAUCUCUUGCAGAGAACGCUGUGGCCUGAAACUCAAAAAUUAUACGGACACGGCUAUGAGAUUUUUUGUGUUGCCUGCAAUAAUGCAAAAACGGUGAUUGCGUCAGCAUGUAAGGCUUCUAAAAAAGAACAUGCAGCCAUUAUUUUGUGGAGUACUACAACCUGGAAGCCGCUACAGAGCUUAUCUUUUCACAAUCUGACAGUGACACAAAUGUCUUUUUCACCCAAUGAUAAAUUCUUGUUAGCAGUUUCCAGAGACAGGAAAUGGACCCUUUGGAAGUGCGAAGAUACUAGCCCAUCAGAAUCAGAAGCUGCUUUCAGCCUCUUCGCUUGCACGGACAAGAUGACCGCCAUGCACGGCCGCAUCAUUUGGUCCUGUUCCUGGGCUCCAGACAGCGAGUAUUUCGUUACUGGAAGCAGAGACAAAAAGGUCAUCAUCUGGGGCAAAUGCUGCUCCUCAGAGGAGAAUAAAGAGAACGAGCCAUGUCUGAUCCAGCCGUGUUCGCCGGUCCUGGACGUGGGGGUCUCUGUCACGGCCGUUAGUGCCAGCCCGGUGCUCGCUCUUGAUGGCAGCUACAUCAUUGCAGUAGGAACAGAAUGUGGGAAGAUUUACCUGUACAAAUGGAACCCGCUUUCCGAUUGGACCAAAUGUGCCGAGACAGACGACAGCCAGAGCCACAAUCUUGUCGUCAAGCGGCUGUGCUGGAGAAGCCGUGCAGGCAGAGCUGGGCGGGACCCGCCCGGGAGCAGCGACUGGCUCCAGCUAGCGAGCUGUGGAGCUGACUUUGCCGUCAAGAUCUUCAACAUUCGCAGAGACCACCUUUAAAUGAGUGCUCUUGGCCAGGUUCUUGGCAUGUCUGGAUAUCCACUGUUUUCUAAAGGAAAAAAUGCAUUUCCAGUCCUGAAAGCUGUGGCAUCUGACACAAUCUACUUUGAGAUUAUUUAUUAAAUGUUUUGGAUAAGCAUCAA